CUUAUGUCAAUGUGAAAUGUCAGAAAAAUAAAAUGUUUAUUUGAAAAGUGUUGUAAAUAAGUAAAUCCACGAAAUCAACAGAAAUGCACAAGAAUCCUCCGAAAUUGCAAGUGUUGUUGAACUAUCUAAAAUUCAACUAUUUCAAAAAAUCAAGAAACAUCUUUCUGUUACUGUACUUUAAUGGAUAUUUAAUUCGUUAAAAUAACGAAUUUUUUGGUUUUGAAUUUCCUCUAACUCGUAUUUUAAUGCGACACAAUGGAUUUUACCAAAGACAAUGAAGUUGUACCAGGUAGCAGUUGUCAGUUCGAAGACGGUAUAAGAAGUUGUAGGUUUAAGAAAAGACAAAGUGAUCCCACAUGCUGCCCUGUUUGCAGUAUAACUCUAAGAGAGUCCGAGGUGAACGUACACCUAAAUUCAGAGAUAGAAAGACUUAACAAGCUGCAAGCCUCCAAAUCGAAAGUAAACGGCAAAAACACCCCCGGCAGUUCUUCGAAUGGCUCCGCGGACAACAGCGCCGACAAAAAUUGGGAAACAUUCCAGAAGAUUCGAACGAACCGCCAGAACAGACUACGAACGAAAACGAGAAAAAGAAGAGCCGAGGAAGUGUGCCCAGUGUGUAACAAGGAAGUAAACGAAGAUCUGACUAUACACGUAGAAUUGUGCCUUCGACGAUCCGAAGCUAAUGGUAGUGAAAGUGAUGAAAACAUAGACGUGGAAGCGUUUGAAGAGUACGAAUGGGCCGGACAAUCUCGCAUUCGCGCUACAAGCCUGCUCCAAGGUGGCGUUUCCACUCUAGGGACUUCAGUGAGUAUGGUGGAUGAAGACGAGGAUUUAAACGUCGAUGGGGACGAUUCGCAUAUGUACGGGUCGCCGCAAUAUUCCGAAAAUGACGUUAUACUCCCCUGCGAGAAUCCCGAAAAUGUUGCUCUGAGAAAAGCAGUUAUUGGCAGUGAACCCAAACAGAAAUCUCCAGAUAGAAGUGAAUUCGAUGCGAUCGAAACCAAAGGUGAUCCUAUCUUAGAAGUUUUAAAAAAUAGAAUUAGGGAAUUAGAAAGUAGGGAAUCCAAUAAACAUGAGGUUUACAAGUGCUUGAUUUGCAUGGAAAGAUAUAAAACUCCGGUUAUAUCAGUGUGUUGUUGGCACGUUCAUUGCGAAGAAUGUUGGUUACAGACAUUAGGAGUUAAAAAAUUGUGUCCUCAAUGUAAUAUGAUCACAUCCCCGUCUGAUCUAAGGAAAAUAUACAUGUAGACGAAAAUUCGGACUUUGUAGUUUUUUUUUUCAAUUUACUUCUCUGU